CACCUCCUCGGCGGCGGCGGCGAGCUCCCCGCAGGCAGGCCCGGAGACACCCCCUCCCCCGACGGGACAGCCUUGGCGGGCGCAUCCCCCGCCCUCGCCCUGGUCCACGGUCUUCAGCCCGCCCUGCCCAGCCCGGCUCUGCAGGACGUGGAGGCUGGCUGCCAGCGCGAGGGGGACCCUGCCUCCCUGCUCGUAUAUGGCAAAGUUUCUCGCGGCGCUCCUGGGCUGCACGUUGCCGAGCAAGGGCGCCUCUCCCGUGCUGGAGUCAAAAUCCCAAGUCGGCCUGAAAUCAAGCACAAAGCAAAAGGGCACCAUUUUUAGCACACUGGCUGGCGAGAAGUCCUCAUCUGACUACAAAAAGGAACAGCCAUGGAAGCCUGUGGACUGCAGCCUCGCUACCGUGUGCCUUUCCAGCCCUCUCAUUGAGAAGCCAGGAGGCAAAGAAAGUAUGCCUCAGACACCUCCCUUUUCAGCGAUGUUUGACAGCAGCGGUUACAACCGAAACCUCUACCAGUCUGCAGAGGACAGCUGUGGGGGCUUGUAUUACCAUGACAACAACCUCCUUUCCGGGUCUCUGGAAGCACUCAUCCAACACUUAGUACCCAAUGUGGAUUACUAUCCAGAUAGGACGUACAUAUUCACCUUCCUGCUCAGUUCUCGGUUAUUCAUGCAUCCGUACGAACUGAUGGCCAAAGUCUGCCAACUGUGCGUUGAGCACCAGCGACUGAGCGAAGGGGAGGGUGAUAAGAACCAGAUGAGAAAAAUUGCACCUAAAAUUCUUCAACUCUUGACGGAGUGGACAGAAACAUUUCCUUAUGACUUCCGGGAUGAGAGGAUGAUGAGAAACCUAAAGGACCUGGCGCAUAGAAUGGCCAGUGGCGAGGAGCAGACAUACCGGAAGAACGUCCAGCAGAUGAUGCAGAGUCUGAUCCGGAAACUCGCCGCCCUCAGCCAGUAUGAGGAGGUCCUCGCAAAACUCAGCUCCACAGCCACAGACCGGCUCACAGUUCUGAAGACCAAGCCCCAGUCCAUACAGCGCGAUAUCAUGACCGUCUGCAGCGACCCUUACACGUUGGCCCAGCAGCUGACUCACAUUGAGCUGGAGAGACUCAAUUACAUUGGCCCAGAAGAGUUUGUUCAGGCAUUCGUGCAGAAGGACCCUCUGGACAACGAUAAGAGUUGCUACGGCGAGCGGAAGAAAACGAGAAACUUAGAAGCUUACGUAGAAUGGUUUAAUCGCCUGAGUUACUUGGUUGCUACAGAAAUCUGCAUGCCAGUGAAGAAGAAACACAGAGCAAGAAUGAUUGAAUAUUUCAUCGACGUGGCUCGAGAGUGUUUCAACAUUGGAAACUUCAAUUCCUUGAUGGCAAUAAUCUCUGGUAUGAAUAUGAGCCCGGUUUCUCGACUAAAAAAAACUUGGGCCAAAGUGAAGACUGCAAAGUUCGACAUUCUUGAGCAUCAGAUGGAUCCUUCUAGCAAUUUCUAUAACUAUAGAACGGCUCUCCGAGGGGCGGCGCAGAGGUCCCUGACUGCUCACAGCAGCAGAGAGAAGAUUGUGAUACCAUUCUUCAGUCUCUUGAUCAAAGAUAUUUAUUUCCUCAACGAGGGCUGUGUCAACCGUCUUCCAAACGGCCAUGUCAAUUUUGAGAAAUUUUGGGAACUGGCCAAGCAAGUGAGUGAAUUCAUGACGUGGAAACAGGUGGAGUGUCCGUUUGAGCGGGACAGGAAGGUCUUACAGUACCUGCUCUCAGUGCCCGUGUUCAGUGAAGACGCUCUCUACUUGGCUUCAUAUGAGAGUGAAGGACCUGAAAAUAAUAUAGAGAAGGACAGAUGGAAGUCUUUAAGGUCCAGCCUUUUGGGCAGAGUUUAACAUAAGGAGAGUGCCGUCAAGGCUGCUGCUGCUCCUGCUCCUGCAUCUGCAUCUCCAUCAAACAGACCCUGGAGGGGCUGGCCUUUGUUUAAUGGCAUCCAGUACUAGGAACCACCAUGCAGACCCUGCAAGCAAGCCCAGAGGCAGCUCAAAUGGGAAACUCAUUUCCCACAGCUGACAGAUUGACUCGGAUAUAUAUAUAUUUUUUUUCUGAGACUGAACUCUUCACUGAAGACACUUGAGAAAGAAUCCUCUGAAAGUCCUGGCUCUGCAUAUGAUUCAUCUCCUGGAAUUUCCAUGUGAAUCACAGCUCUGCACCUGGAUGGAGUUUUCUUUUGUGUGUGUGUGUGUGUGUGGUUUUGGAUUUUUUUUGUUUUUGUUUUUGUUUUUUUCUUUUGCUUGAACUUUUGCUGCUAAUGGAACUUACCAGCUGAGUGCUGGCUCUGUGGAAGCCUGCGUGUGUUUCUUUAUUAAUUUAAAUGAAAAAGGGAGAGGAGGGAGGGGACUCCCCUCCCCCAGUUUGGAUUGGACCUCAGCGUGAACAGUAUUCCAGUGAGGGCGAAGACUGUGGACGUCUGCUGCAGACAUUCCCUUAGCACGUGCAGUAUUGUAAACGCCUCUCCCUCCUCUUCCUCCAAGGUUUUGAGUUGGCUGCUGGCUAGCAAACUCCUUCUCACCCAUAUAAGUUAUUUAAUAUUAUAAUGAAGCUCAACACUGUGGUAGGAAAAUAGCCACUAGGAAAAGAAGAAAAAAAAAAAAAAAAAGCAGAGUUUGUCGCUGUUGGACCGCCCAUCCUGCUGGAAGAGCUGUGUUUCCUUCAUCCUUCUGAGCUGUUUACAACUGACCACUGUGUCCUAUAGAUGUAUUUUUCAGUAGUUCUCGUUUUUGUUGUUGUUGUUACUUGCUUUUCCAUGACGCUCUCUGUUCAUGUAAAUGCUCUGACUUCAAGGGUCCUGGAAACAAAUCCGGACAUACCCGCGAUUGUUUUUAACUAAUUGCUCAUUAUUUCCUGGAAUCUGUUGACCACUAAACAUGUAAACAAGGAGUAAAUUGGAAAGGUUACCUCCUCUCCCCCCUGGCAGCGCACAAAACAAGUGAAAACCAGCUUGUGGUUAACUCUCAGAUUAAUCUAAUUGUGAGCCAAGUCACCUGUUAACAUCUAAAUAGGUCCGUAGUUGCUCGGCAAGCAAGCCAUUCUGUAUACUCUAGGAGUAGUGACCCCAGCUAAUGAAAGCCCGCCACACCAAGGCCCAAACCCAGAAGUCUUUGUUAACCCUUUUGAUGCCGUACUGAGAAUCAGCAUGUCUUUGUCCAACAGGCCUGAACUGUCUCCAAGUUGUCCCUUCACAACGUCAAUACAUUUUACACUCUGCA